CUCAUCUGAAGGGCAGCACCUCUGACAAUGUCGCACUCCCCCAGCACACAGUUGGAUUGUGUGCUUAUUGGACUGUUUUAUAUUUGUAGCAAUCUGCUAUACUAAAUUAUUGCUUUGGAAUGUCAGCAUAGACUGUGGGUUCAAAAUCUUGAUAGGGGGCUUGAACCCACAAAUUUCUCAUCCUGAGGUGAGAGUGCUACCGAAGUGACUGAUCUCUUCAAAAGCUUCAAUGUAAAUCACGUCAGCUGGAGCUGGAAAAUGACAUUGGAAAUAAAACCUCAGUUUCUAUUGCUGUAUGGCUCGGAAUUGGGACAAGCAAAGGCUAUUGCUGAAGACAUCUUUGAGCAAGCAUGCAGGAAAGGAUUUAUAAGUGACAUACAUUGUCUGAGCCAUCUUGAUCAGUUUAACUUGGAGAAAGCACGAACUCCAGUUGUUUUAGUUGUCUCCACUACUGGAUCUGGUGAACUACCGAGAACAGUGAGGAAAUUUGCAGAGGAAAUCAAUUGCAAAUAUUUACCGGCUGACCACUAUUCACACUUAAGAUACGCAGUGUUGGCUCUUGGAGAUUCUAAUUACCUGAAUUUUGCCAAUGGUGGGAAGAUAAUUGAUCGGCUUCUUCAACAGCUGGGUGCACAGCACUUCUAUGCAACUGGAUAUGCAGAUGACAGCGUUGGAUUGGAAUUAGUUGUGGAGCCGUGGAUUGAAGGCCUUUGGGCUGCCUUGAGGGAAUCGUGCUUGUGCAAUAUGUCGGUGUGUCAGGAAACAGAAGAAAUGAGCACUGCGGUAAAGAAGACGUCCGAAACAAAUGACUCUACAGGAACCAGUGAAAUUGAAGGAGCACAAAAUUCUCUGAUCACGGAAAUUCAGUUGAUGAGACUGGAAGAUCCAAGGACUGACGCUUCAGUUCUUUCAACUUCGUGUACUGGACAAGAUCAAGUGGCGGCUGAGAUGCACUCUUUUCCACUUCCUACCUGGGUGAGAUCUGAACAACCACUGUCAGAGUCUGCUCUGAAUAUCCCUAAUCUGCCAUCAGAGUACCUCCAUGUGGAGUUUCUGGAGAAUACAGAGCAGGUUUGCGUCCUGGAGUGCCUCCCUAUGAUACAGCACACUGUGUUCCAGGUACCAGUGACUCGAGUCAUGCGCCUUACCCGGGAGGAUGCAGUGAAAACCACAUUACUCUUAGAACUUGACAUUUCGAAAACAUCAUUUACUUAUGACCCUGGGGAUGCUUUCAACAUUCUGUGCCCUAAUAGUAGAGAUGAAGUGGAAGAACUGAUUCAGAGGCUUGGACUUCAAUACAAGAGAGAACAUUGUGUCUCCAUCAGUAUCCGAACCAACACCAAGAAAAAAUGUGCUAACCUGCCUGAGUACAUACCAGAGAGAAGUACCCUACAGUUCAUUCUAACCUGGUGCUUGGAAAUACGAUCCAUUCCUAAGAAGGCGUUUAUACGAGCACUGGCUGAGUACACCUCAGACGCUGGCGAGAAACGACGACUACAAGAGUUGAGCAGCAAACAGGGUGCUGCAGACUAUAACCGCCACAUCAGAGACUGCAGGAUCUGCCUACUUGACAUUCUCCAUGCUCUCCCAUCGUGCCAUCCGCCACUAAGCCUACUUAUAGAGCAUCUUCCGAAGCUACAAGUCCGAUCAUAUUCAGCUGCAAGCUCUCCUAAUUUUUAUCCUGGCAAAAUUCACUUUGUUUUCAAUAUUAUUGAGUUCCCAUCCUGCCCGGAGCGCCCUGUUGCCCGAAGGGGGGUUUGCACAGGUUGGCUUGCGGAACAAGUCACGCCAAUGCUUCAGUAUCAAGGCAAGCCUGUAGAAGAUGCCAAUGGGUUGCAGAAUGGGUUAAUAACAAUAAUGCCACAGAUUUCCAUCUACAGUCGUCCAAAUGCCUUUUUCCAUCUGCCAAACGAUCCUGUGGUUCCUAUCAUUAUGGUGGGCCCUGGUACUGGUCUCGCACCCUUCAUAGGAUUUCUACAGCACAGACAAAAACAAAGGGAACAGAAUCCUGAUGGUUCUUUUGGGGAAACCUGGUUAUUUUUUGGCUGUUGUCAUCAAGAUCGGGACUACCUGUUCAGAGAUGACUUGAAUGAAUUCCAAAAUAACGGUACCUUAACCCACCUGAAAGUCUGUUUCUCAAGAGACCUCCCCAAGGACGCAACAGAAGAAAAGCCAAAAUACGUUCAGCAUAAUCUUCAGCUCUUCUCCCAAGAUGUUGCAAAACUCUUACUGAACGAUAACGGUUGUUUUUACGUCUGUGGAGAUGCCAAGAAUAUGGCUAAAGAUGUAAACAAUGUACUAACUGAGAUUGUGUCGAAAGAGAUGCAAGUGGAUACCCUGGAGGCUAUGAAAAUCAUCGCCAGUUUACGUGACGAGAAGCGAUACCUGCAAGAUACCUGGACUUAAGCGUGUCCAAAGAGGCAAAAAGAGCAACAGUAACCUCAUUAAGUGUUUGGGUUUUGUUUCCUCACCAGAAGCUAUACAUGUUUUACAUGUAUUCGCUAUUAUAAAGUGGGGAUAAAUGGACACUGUAUUCAUCAAAAGGUACUGGACGAUUUGUUUUGGGAGAGGUACUCAGAUUUGUCACAUUGCUGUUGCAUGCGUGACGUGACAGCAUGAAGUGACGGUUCAUGUUUAUGCAAUGUGCAUAUUUGCAUUUGUUUUGGAAUCAUAGGGAGUUUACAGCCCAGGAGCAGACAUUGUUCAGUCAAUUAAGCAGUUGCUUGGACUCUUUCAUGAGGACUGAGGCCCUUUAACUGCACACUUCAGGACUGUCAUUAGGAGUGGCCGCUACUAAUCAUUUUUACUGCUCUUUUAAUGCAAACCAGUUGUCCUACAUUUUAUUUGCCUAAAUGCUGGAAUGUCAUGACUUUUUUCUGCUGUGUUGGACUAAACAAUGUAAAUAUAUUUUAGACUAUGCCUUUUAAAAACAAUUCUAUAGAGUUUAUGCAAUAAAUAAUAUAAUGAGAUAAUUAAUGUGCAAACAUGGAAAAUUCCAUAGAGCUAAUAAUUCCUGUAAUUUCUUAUUCUGCCCUUUGGUGCCAGUGCUGUGCUAAACUGCACUUUUGUGACUGCUGGAGCUUGGAAAUCGCUGGCUGAUACCAUUGUAAUAUGGGCAGGUGUUGCUACAAAUAGUUUGUAGUUUAUUGAGUUAAAAAGUAACAUGCAGGUCCAUCAGUCUCCCCCUCACGUCAAUUACUGUUUAAAAGUCCUUUUACACUAAAUGUCUCAGGAACCUUCAGUGUACUGGUUAUGCCUGCUUAUAAUAUAUAUGUAUUUUGUAUAUUUACAAGGAAUACAAUAAUCAUGAGCAUUGCAGCUGAUGAAAAUACAUCUCUCCCCAAAUCAUCGAUCACUGCAAAAAGUUACAAUGUUCAUCAUGGGUGUGAAGAAUUUACGGGUUAACAGAAAUAUCCCAGAAAAUAGGAGAGGAAAUCAUAAUUUCAGGCUGUUGCACCCAGUUGCCAAAGUUAAGUAGCAAGAAUAUAAAGAAAACGAGAUGGGCAGUGGAACGGGGGACCCAGAAAGGAGUCCUAAUGAUGGUGUGGAUAGAAUUCCAGUUUACUUGUCUCACUUGGACUACUUGGGAAUCUAAAUUGGUCCUGAACUUCCCAGUUUCUCAUCCCUCUUCAGCACCCUCUUUUGUUUGUGCUCAUGUGUGACCGAUAGGUGAGCAGAGUUUGGCUUUGCUGUAACUCACUAUUGUCAAGUCGCCUGCCGACACUCACUGCCAAGAUUCACACCUGAAUAAUGACCACUUGGCAACGGUAACCAGUGCCGAGGGAACCAGACCCCAUUAUGAGGCGGCUGGAGACGAGGGACACAGAGGCAGAUGCCAGUGAGAAGAAAACUAGAAAAAUAAUUGGACACACUAAAUGUUUUUUAAAAAUAUUAAAUGCUAUACAAAUUUACAUUUAUAUAGCACCUUUUAUGUCAGGAGGACAUCCCAAGGUGCUUAACAAUCCAAGCUUGGCACCGAAGCUAGGGGUGGGAGGCAAGUGUGAGGGAAUCAGUAGGGGAAAGAGACCUUGAACAAGGUGAGGGACGGAGCAAGUCGGAGUUCCAGAGAAUGGCAGCAGACUAGCUGAAAACCCGUGGGAAGGUUGGGGGACAUGAAGCAGGCCGGUUCCCGCUGAGCAAUGGGAACGUCUGGGUCGGUACAGUAGUUAAAGAAAGCAAGAAUGACUGAGAUAAGUGCCCAUUGCCAGAUUUGCUUGAACGUGAAUGUUUGCUGUUAAUGAAAAUCUAAUUUUCUUUCUUAAAUAAAUUGGUCUUCAGCAGA